AUGAUCUCCUCAGCGACCCUCUCGAUUUUCGGCGCGCUCGUCUUUGCCACAGGUGCUGCUGCACAAGCCACUGCCCCGCAGUACGGCCAAUGUGGUGGCCAAGGCUGGUCCGGCGCCACCGUUUGCCCCUCGGGGUGGGCGUGUACAGUGUCCAACCAGUACUACUCCCAGUGCCUCCCUGGCGCCGCCGCCCCAAGCAGCACGCCGGCCACACCGACCACCCCUUCCACCCCCGGCGGCGGUGGUUCGCCGACCUCUACCGCCAGUGCCCCAGGCAGCCUUCCCACUCUGGUUUCCGGUAACUCCUUCAUUCGUGCUGUGGAGGACCCCAACUUCCACCAGUACCUCCGCUCCGAGGUUGAGGGUACCGCGGGCGACGCCGUACUCGGCGACUACACCACCGCCGCGCAGUUCCAGAUCACCGGCGGCCAGCUCAUCCAGGAGGUCGCGGACGGCACGAAGCUGUAUGCUGUUGUCGAGGGCCGCUCCGACCCGUCCGUCAUGAAGCUCAAGAUGUCGUGGUCGACCGCGCCCGCGAGCGGCGCCAACGCCGGCACAUUCGUCUUCUCCGGCGACACCGUCGAGUGGUCCAUCCCGACCAUCCAGCGCCCGCAGACCAACGCCUGGCUCGUUUGCCCCGACGCCGAGGGCAACAAGGACGUAUACAUCAACCUGGGCAACUACGACUACAUGACUCCUGCUGGGUGCGCGGACGAGACGAUCCACGCGUACACUGGCGCUACGCCGACCCCGUGA